UGGCCAUACAACACUUCCAUUCUCAGCUUCUACAGAUUUCUCACCUCUCUAUCUCCCCACUCUCCCUCACGACGGCUGCGCUCAGAGUGCUUGGUGGACUGCGGCGAGGCGUGUCAGAUCUCCGCCACCUCUCCUACGCCAUGGCCUCCCGCCGCGUAGCCAUCAUCGGAGGUGGCUCCGCCGGUAUUGCCCAAGCUCAAGAGCUCCUCGACGCCGGCUUCCAGCCUACCAUUUUCGAGCGCAGGGAUCGACUUGGCAGCGGUGUUUGGGCGCUCGAUGACGAACCGGGCAAGUGCGAGGUGCUCUUUGAUGAGGGCGGCAGAGCCUACCCGAGGUGGGAGGAGACCGAGGAGAGACGCUGGCCCCCUUCGGCCAUAUACCCGGGUCUGCGGACCAACAUCUCCUAUGAUCUGAUGACCUAUAGAGACUCGCCCUUUCGAGAGACCAGCGUAGACGGCCCAUUUCCAAAUAGAGACGCCGUAGAAGGAUACCUCAUGGACUGGGCGCAGAGUAGGGAGGGCGUAACACGGAACGCUCGAAUGGACACCGUCGUCACCUCCGUCAGGAGGAUCCGCGACCCGCCGCCCACGCAGACGAGUGGGUCGGAUUCGCUGUGGAAAGUCGACAGUCGCCAUCUGUGGACGGGAGAAGAGACUAGCGAAGAGUUUGGGUACAUUGUGAUUGCCAGCGGGCGAUGCAGCAUACCCUCCAUCGCCCCUAUACCAGGUCUCUGGAACUUCCAGGGCACCAUCUCUCAUUCGGCUUGGUACCGCACUCCUACCAUCUACCGCGGCAAAAAGGUUGUCGUAGUGGGAAACAACAGCAGCGGCUUUGAUAUCUGUCGCGAGCUGCAAGGGCAUAUAGUACGGGACUUUGCCGGCAAGGAAGAAUGGGUUCAGGAUGUCAAGAGUGGCUCCACUGGUGUGGAGAUCAUCAAUUCCAUCGAAGACAUCAAGAAGGCGCCGGGUAUGGACUAUGAUCCUUUGGACGAGGCUUCUCCCGAAUGGUGUAGACGGAUCAAGGUUGUGCCUCGCAUCUCGAGAGUGCAAGAAGAUGGGAGUCUGCUCCUCGAAGACGGCCAGCAGCUCAGGGACGUAGACGUCAUCAUUUUCGCCACCGGCUUCUACAUUCAAUAUGACUUCCUACACCAUGACGAGGAGCCUUUUCGGAGCGUUCCGAUUGUCGACGCAGCAAGAAAAGCUGUUCUCACCGAGGAAGAUAAUGCUCGUCUGCAACGGAGGAUCGAAAAGCAGCGAGAUGGUCGUCCUUUUAAGACUGCCACGCCAGCCAACACAGGCCCGAGCAACCUGGACGACUGGUACCUGCUGUAUGCAGGUGACAAGUCCGUCGCCAUUCUUGGCCUCCCAACAGCCACAAUCCCUUUCCCCACAGCGCAGAUGCAGGCUCGGUACAUUGCUGCCUACUGGGCCGGGAAAGCUUCCGAGCUCCCGCCUCUGGACAGAACGUUGCCCCCUUCUGAUGCAAGUCGGUGGAGCAAGCCUCUAAGUCUGACAAAGGAGCAGCUGCAGGAAAGGGGACACAUUGGCGGACCGAUGCCCCUCAUCUUUAGUAGCCCGAGCGACAGCGACUAUCUCGAUGGGCUGCUGCGCUACAUUCCUGGUGCAGGCGGUCCGCCCCCUUGGCAGGAAAAGGCACUGCACGCUUCGCAGCACACGCUCGAACAGCCCAAUGGCCAUCUGUCAAGUCCAGCGACAGUUGAAGACCUCAAGACGGAGGCUGCUACUGCUCACCAGGAGUCCAACAAGGCCACUAUUUCCAAACCGCUGCAGCAACCUGCAGAGCAGCGCAAGCCUUUCACUUCGGAGGAGGAGGCAAGGCAGUAUUACCUCUCGACUCUCAAGUCGGGUCUCAUGGGUGGAACUGAAGCGUCUUAUGAUGUCACGGCUUGGAGAAGACAGAGGCGCACGGAGAACAAGGAGCUGAGGCGGAACGUGUUGGGAUAUUGAACACGGAAAGUAUGGCGGGUGUGCAUUUGUACUAAUACAGAGACUGUGAUAGAGAUGGGAGUCUUGCAGAACCCCAAUCUAUAGAUCUUCAAUUGUGAUAUACUGGGCUUAGAUCAACCCCGA